AUGGCGAAUGCCCUAGAGACCACCUCUACCGAACACCGGAUUUGCAAAAAGUACUGCGAGUAUGGAUACGGAAAGCGCUACAGUAAAGACAAAAUCUACGCAACUUCGGCAUAUGCUGUCCCGAGUGAUGAAGAGGCUAUCCGAGCAGAAAUCUACAAUAAGGGACCAGUCCAAGCGUCGUUCACAGUCUUCGAGGACUUUGUGCACUACAAGAAUGGAGUCUACGUGAACACAGGCGGCAAAAAGCAGGGCGGACACGCUGUGAAAAUCAUUGGUUGGGGAGUCGAAAAUGGCACGAAAUAUUGGACGAUUGCCAACUCGUGGAAUACCGACUGGGGAGAGGAAUUGGUUAUUUCCGCAUGA